AUGCCUUUCUCAUCAACGUAUCCACCGCUCGAUAUUCCCGAGACUAACAUCUUGUCCUAUCUGUUCCCAUACGGAGAAGAGCCAUAUGAAGAGCCGAUCUGGUUCGACAGUAAAGAUGAAAAAGUCAAUCUCUCGCCCAAGACUGCGUUGCAAUGGGUUCGGCGCCUGGCUUUUGGCUUGAAGCAACUUGGGCUCAAAAAUGGGAACGUAGUCAUGAUUUACACGCCAAAUCAUAUCUUUGUCCCGGUAGCCUACCUUGGCAUUGUGGGAGCUGGUUACAUCUUCUCGGGCGCCAACCCUACUUUCACGAUUCCAGAACUCGUGCAUCAAAUCACAAAUACGAUGGCAAAAGUCAUCCUGGCCCAUCCUCAGCAUAUCAAGGUAUGCCUCACCGCAGCCGCUGAGGCGGGAUUUCCGCGAUCGCGAAUCUUCCAGUUCUCGGACGUGCCUAAUCCUACCCAAAAUGGUAUAGAUGACUGGCGCGCUUUCAUAGGCUCUGAAUCCGAAGGAGAAGCCUUUCGGUUACCAGAUCUAAGUCCCUCCGAGUCAAAGAAAACCAUAGCAACCAUCAACUACAGCUCAGGCACGACAGGCCUACCCAAGGGGGUUUGCGUGUCCCAUUACAAUCUCAUCGCGAAUGUAGAGCAGGUCACAUUCAUGAGAUAUGCCGAGAAGCCCUACCCAUUUGAAGCGAGACCGCAAGAGCGAUGGAUCGGGUUCUUGCCCUUGUAUCAUGCUUAUGGACAGCUCUACACCAUACUUCUGGCCAUGAAGCUCCGAGUGCCCGUCUAUAUCAUGACAGAGUUUCGAUUCGAGGAGUUAUUGUUUAACAUUGAAAAAUACCGCAUCACCAGUCUUACCGUCGUGCCCCCUAUUCUCAUCAUGCUCGCUAAGAGACCCGAGCCAGCCCGUUACGAUUUGUCCAGCCUGAGGGAUUGUAUUUGCGGUGCCGCGCCACUCUCUCGCCAGCUCCAAAACGAGGUCCAGAAGCAGUACAAUAUGCAGAUAAAUCAAGGUUGGGGACAAACCGAGGUUACAUGCGGGGCCAUGCACGUUCCUGGGGGUAUUAUGAACAACACGAGCAGUGUAGGCCAGCUCGAUCCUAAUUGUGAAUGCAAGUUGGUCGAUGACGGCGGGAAAGAGGUACCCAUUGGUCAACCGGGCGAGAUGUCCCAACAUUGUAUGGGAUAUUGGAGAAACGAGCAGGCCACAAGGGAGACUAUUGACAAAGAUGGCUGGCUCAAGACGGGAGACAUUGCCAUCAACGAUAAUGGCUACUUCUGGAUUGUGGACAGAAAAAAGGAGAUGAUCAAAGUCAAUGCGUUUCAAGUCGCGCCCGCAGAGCUGGAAGGGGUUCUGUUGGAGAACAAGCAUGUUGCCGACGCAGCAGUUGUUGGUAUCAGCGUAAGGGGAGAGGAAUUCCCACGAGCGUAUGUUGUGAUCCGCGAGGCUUCCAAAUCGAAGGUCACUCCAGAAGGAAUACAGGAGUGGAUAAAGCCCAGGGUGGCCAAGCAUAAGCUGCUGACUGGUGGUGUUCAGUUCGUCGACGAGGUACCUAAGCUUGCAAGCGGGAAGAUUCAGAGGAAGAUACUGCGCGAAUGGGCCAGAAAGGACGCGGCUGCGACGGAAGGAGAUGUGAACGCCAAGUUAUAA